GAUCGAUCACUCAUCACUCGAGCUGAUCAGCUCAGCUACGCCGGUGAGCCAGAAGCUUUGGUGAGUUUAAAAUUCUAAAAAGCAACCGGUGAGAAGUCAGAAGCUUUGGUUCCGUUUAGGGAGCUUAAAAUUCUGAGAAACAACUGGUGAGAAACUAACUGGUGAAAAUCUAAACUGUUUGGAGGAGGCCAGUCCUUUGUAUCUAAGGGAGUGUGAUAGCUCGAUGUACUCUUGGGAGUUUUAAUUAGGUGCAACCAAUCCCUGUCUCCAUCACCUUAAUUUUUCCCAGAUGAUCCCAAACUUGAUUAGUCGAUCGCUCUCUUUAUAAGCCAUCGCAAAUUUAAUCUUGGCUACUCUCGAGUAUCGAUCGCGUCGCGUUUGAUCGAUCGAGACGAUGGUGGUGGUGGUGAGCCAUGUCAUGGCGCUCCUGUCGUCGGCGCUGUCCGGGAAGAAGGCGGCGGCGGAAGGUGACGGCGACGACGACGGAGGGCAGUGCCGGUGCUGGCGGGACGGCGACGGCGUCGGCGGCGGGCAGGCGGCGGCGGCGGGGUGCUGCGUGUGCAUAUCGGGGUUCAGGGACGGGGAGGAGGUGCGGCGGCUGCCGUGCGGGCACGCGUUCCACCGGGACUGCGUCGACCGGUGGCUGGCGCUCUACUGCCGGCGGCGGACGUGCCCGCUCUGCCGCCUCCACGUCGGCGGCGCCGUGGUGGCCGCCGCCGUGGCCGGGCUCGACGAGCUCCAGCUCGGCGACGACCUCGUCAUCUGGUUCUCCUCCCUCUUCGUCGCCGGUUUCUAGCUUGGUUAAUCAGAAUCCAUCCUAGCUGUUGCCUGCAUGAGCAAUUUGCUCUUUUUUUUAAAAAAAAAGGAAAAAAAACUUUGUUGUUUUCUCCCUUUCUGCUUCCAGCUUAUGAGAUGAAAUGGCCAAUCUCUACCUGUCCUGGUGGUAGAGCAAAACGGCAUGGCAGAAUUCAAAGUUCAAAGUAAAGAUAUAGUUUUAGGUCCUUGCAAAUUCACUCUGGCCAUAUCAAUAUAUGCUCAGAUAGAAUUAAUGCAGCUGCAAGUAGGUUCCUAAAUUAAUUUUGGUUGGAUGAAUGUGAUGAAGCAAUGAACGAACUUUGAUGGUACUGUACAUUGCUGAAUAGCUUGGUUUACACCUCUGUUAUAUUGCCCCUGUACCUUUGCCCUUUGGAAACAAUGAACCGCCUUGAAUUUUUUCA